ACGCGUUUGUAAAGUGCAUGAGGGUGACCGCUCCGCGCUUGCCGUAGUCGAGGCCCACUGGGGAUGACGUUUCCGAGCGAGUUGACGCGCGGAGUCCAUCGCCGCCUCCUCCUCCUCGCGCGGUGCCGGGCGGCGAGGAUGGGGAACUCGCUGUGGACGCGGCCGCCUGACACGGCGGAGGGCGAGUACGUGCGGGACACGGUGGCCUCCAACUGCGUCGUCAUCUUCUCCAAGACCGCGUGCCCCUACUGCACCAUGGCCAAGCGCGCCUUCGACGAGAUCGGCGCGCGCUACCUCGCCGUGGAGCUGGACCGGCGCGCCGAUGGCCGCGCCCUGCAGCAAGCGCUGGCGCUGGCCACGGGCGCUCGCACCGUGCCGCAGGUCUUCGUCAACGGGCGCUGCAUCGGGGGCGGCACGGAGACGCAGCGCCUGAGCCAGCAAGGCCGGCUCGCCGCGCUUGUCGCCAAGUGCCAGCUCCCCGGCGCCGCCGAGGCAGCCGGGGCGGAGCGCUAGCGUCCACGACUGGCGGAGCGCUAGCGUCCACAACUGGCGGAGCGCCAGCGUCUGGUUACCGGCAUCCGCGGGGGGCAGCCACAGCGUGAUGCUGGCGUUCCUGGAAACCCAACCCCCCCCUCCCCCCGCAGCUUCUUAACAGCCGGACGUUGUCCGUCCUUAACUGUCAUUUUUUUCCUCCCGAUUGAUAUCCCGAUUGCGCUGUUGGCGUGGCGUCGCCACGAGAUGAAGUGUCCACUGGAUCACUCGCAGUGCGGUGGCGACCCGAUGGUCGUCUUGCAGAAUGGCCCGCGGGAAGCGGAUGUCGCAGAGCUACCUCCGAGAUCCCUUCGCGCGGGAGAGGGCAGCGCUCGCUCCGUACGAGCCGCGUGCCGUGUUAAGCAGCGUUCGCUCGUCGUAGGCUUGCAGUUGAUCUACGCUUGGAGAGGAUCGUCCUUUGUUUAUGCGCAUUGUGCAUUGUACGCGCAACGUUUCAGGUUACACGUUCAUAUUCAUGGUUUGCUUUUGUUCACGUAUGAAUAGAGACAAUUCUGCAUUGUGCGCCAUUUAGAUUUGAUUCGGAGAUCUGAUUAGUGGAUUUACCCAAACAAUAUCACUUUCCCGGGCGCAAAUCAUUACGACGGUCAUGGUGUCAACCUUAUACACGUGCAUUCGUAAUUCGAGGCUGUGCGGUGCAGUAAUCGGCGUUGGUUUCACCGUUCUCUGGCGUACGCGGUGAAUUAUUACCCGCCAGCGGUGCGUGUUAGGCCUGUCACAGUUCCACCCACCUUGCCCCACGCAAUUCAACGCAUCACCACAAUUCAUGGGUCGACCCUUCGAUUCUCCAAUCUAAUCAAAUUAUUGAGCGUCGGCGAGAUGGUGAAGUGGCUGCGGCGGGGGAGGGGGUCACUUGAACCAAACCAGAAACGCAAAGACAAUAGCCGCCUUUCACUCGCACGGUUUGGUGCGUGUAACCACGAGCCAAACAAUGCCCUUUUAAUCGCUCCGUUGUUUUGCGUGCGGCCCGGGUCUCGUUGCCAGCGCCGCCCCAGGCUGCCACGUCUAUUUGCUGUUGGGGAAACGAAGGGUGGGUUGGGGAACAAUUGGGAACAGACCGGUGCCAACUCUCGUAACAACACGCCCGACAGCUGCCACGCAUGCAUUUAACAAGUUUGGUAGAGCCGGUAAAUGUUGUUUAAACAGUGUAGUACACGCUGUUCACUCAAACAGCAGAAACCGAUUGUUUGUAUCUCAGUAUAUCUAAAUCAUCUCAAGCCUCCCCGAGAUCACGUGACUUCUGUGUGGCCACCCCCGCUCUGAACCCUUCCCCUCUCCCCUCCCCCUGUGAGAACAGACGCCGCUCCGUGCAGCUCACGUGUGCUCGCUCCUCUCUUCCCUCUCAUCAUCUCAUCCCCGACAUCUUGGCCCAGUCAUUCCUCUUCUUAUUCCUGUACGGCGUUCCUUUGGCUCCUGAUUCUCCGUUCCUUGUUUUCUUAUUUUCCCAUUCUUUCCUGUCUCUCUUCCCUCUCCCAUCCCCCCCCCCCGACCCCUUGACUCUACUCCUCUCCAUACUUUUGUGUGUGCCAUGGGUACAAUAUUUUAUUUUAGCACAACUCCAAUGCAGCAGUGUGUGUGCAGUGUGGACAUGUAUGCAUGUGUAAACUAAUUGCCAUUCUAACCGAAUGCUUGGAAAUGUCGAACUGAGUGAGAGGAUCGCACUGAAAGACAUAAUAAUAUAAUAAAAACGAUGGCUGCUUAAA